AUGCCUCUUCCAAUUUUCCCCACACCCACUCUCAUCAUUCCCAUAAUCACCGACCUCGCCGUCUUUAUCACUCCCCUCUGGAUUGCAGUCAUCGUCGGCGUUAUCCUGGGCUGGGCCUGGAAGCCCAAAUGGGCUUUCGACCCAAAACACGCUCUGCAAAAGCUUCGACCCCCUCGCUCCCCCAAUCCCGCAUUCACCUACCCCGCCACCACUACCACCGCCGCCGCCGGUGAGAAACGCGCCACCGGGAAUGCGGUCGUGACGGAACACGAUUUGCUGCACUUGUGGAAGUUGGUUGAGGAGAAAGACGGAGGCCCCGCGUGGAAUCAGAUGAUGGACCGUUCUACCCCCACCAUGAGCUACCAGGCGUGGCGUAGGGAUCCUGAGAGUGGACCGCCGCAGUACCGGAGCAGGACGGUGUUCGAGGACGCGAGUCCCGAGUUGGUGAGGGAUUUCUUUUGGGACGACGAGUUUCGGUUGAAGUGGGAUGACAUGCUUAUACAUGCUUCCACUAUACAAGAGUGUGCUCUCACUGGAGCCAUGAUGGUGCAUUGGGUGCGCAAGUUUCCCUUUUUUUGCAGUGACAGAGAGUAUAUCAUAGGGAGGCGAAUUUGGGACGCUGGCCAAAUUUACUACUGUGUCACUAAGGGAGUACCUUGCCCCUCCAUGCCAAAGCAUAACAAACCUAAACGAGUUGAUUUAUAUUAUUCAAGCUGGUGUAUUCGUCCAGUCAAAUCAAGGAAAGAUGGCCAGCUGACUUCAUGUGAAAUAUUAUUGUUUCAUCACGAAGAUAUGGGCAUACCCUGGGAAAUCGCUAAGCUUGGAGUUCGACAGGGUAUGUGGGGAGCUGUGAAGAAGUUUGAUCCUGGACUACGAACAUAUGAGAAAGAAAGGGCUUCUGGUGUACCAUUAUCUCCCUGUGCUCGUGCUGCUAACAUCAACACUAAAAUCAGUAUGGACUACCUUAGUUCUCUGGAAAACUCGACCACCGAUUUGUUAGAGACUGAAAAUGAAGAUUCUUCUGACAAACCAGUUGGGAGGAACAUACCUAAGCUUCUAAUUGUUGGUGGAGCCAUUGCUCUUGCCUGCACCCUUGAUCAAGGACUACUAACUAAGGCAGUUAUAUUUGGAGUAGCCCGAAGGUUUGCGAAAAUGGGAAGGAGGUUGUGACAUAUUAUGCUUUUGUCUUUCAGAAAUGGCCAUCCAAUUUCCUCUUGCAGUGGAAUUAGAAGUUGAGAUGUUACUUCUUGCGUUGGAGCUACUACUGUUUAUUGUGGAUCUAGUUGGCAGCCACGGUUCAAGAGGAUGGUAUUAUUCUUUCUUCAUUUGUUUGAUCUUCGAGGCAGCUUUUAACUGGAAAUACGAAAUAGGAACAUUGUAUCUUUAUAUCAUUAAAGAUUCUGGAGCUGCAGGAAUAACAUCAUAUCCAGGUUUUUCUUCAGUUCAUGUCCUUUUAUUGUUUGCCUUGGCCGUAUGAUUGUAUAUCUCAUCUUUUUCUAGCGCUUGGUUUUGAAAAAUACAGUGAUCAAGGUAUGGUAGCUUUCAAAAUUAUAUUGCAUGAAUGUUUAUUCUGCC